UACAAAUUGCGUUAUUUAUGUAGGGCGUCACGUGCAGCCAUUUUGUUUGCUGGGGGAACGCAGAGACUGGCGACCAGGAGAUCCCACAGGAGAUCGCAGAUUUCUUCGCUUUGGUGUCGGAAAAUUCACUAUCGGUGAAUGGAAGAGUUGGACAAAGGUUUCAUGCAACUCGUCGUUCAUUUCUAGCAGGAUAGGCCACGCCACUGUGCCGAAAGCGCCCAAGGAGCUUCUGUGAAGGGGGUAGACGCCACAUGACGCUGGUGGGCAGACUUCAAAAGAAUACCUUCGAAAUUUGCUUGGGAGCCGAAUGGAAUCAACAUUCUCAACGGCGAGGAGCUCGAAGAUGUUUGAUAUUUGAAGCCAGCAGCCAUCACAGCAGUGCACAGGACGACUGAGCUAGGAGAUAUGGCUCAAUAUAGUGGAUUGAGCCGGGCACAACUUACCUUUGACUAUCUGCAUACGAACUCAACCACCCACGAAUUUUUGUUCGGGGCCCUUGCAGAGCUGGUGGACAAUGCAAGGGAUGCUGGUGCAACGAAAAUCCAUGUUUACACAGUUCCCAAGAGGGAGGUCCGUGGUGGAUACCUGUUGUGUUUUCUGGAUGAUGGCGAGGGCAUGGAUCCAGGGGAGGCUGCCAGUGUCAUCCAGUUUGGCAAGUCCUCCAAGAGAGCCGUGGACUCCCAAAUGAUUGGCCAGUAUGGAAAUGGCCUGAAGUCAGGAUCCAUGAGAAUAGGAAAGGACUUCAUUCUGUUCACGAAGAAGAGGAACACAAAAAGCAUUGUGUUCUUGUCAAGAACAUUCCAUCAAGAGGAGAAGAUUGAGGAGGUGAUAGUGCCAUUGCCGUCAUGGGACAUGGAUACCAACAGACCCAUUGCCAAGUCUGCCAAGCAGCAGGAAAAGUACUUAACAGAGAUUGACAUCAUCACCAAGUAUUCACCCUUCAAGUCUGAGAAGGAGAUCCACGAGCAGUUUGACAAAAUAGAUGGAGAAUCAGGCACCCUGGUUAUCAUCUACCACAUGAUGUUGCUUGACAAUGGGGAGCCUGAGCUCGAUGUGACGACCAACUCUGUUGACAUCCUCAUGGCCAAUGUGGACAAGGAGGACGACAGUGUUCCUCCAGAGAAGAGAUCCUUCAGAGCGUACACAGCUGUGUUGUACAUCGAACCACGGAUGAAGAUAUACAUCAACGGGAGCAAAGUGUGCACCAGAAGGCUGGCCAGCUGCUUGUACAAACCCAAGAUGUACAAGUACAGCUCCAACAGAUUUAAAACUAGAUCUGAGAAGGAGGCUGCCAAGGCCUACCACGAAGCACAGAUGGCUGAAGAAAAAGCAAGAGAUGCAGAGAGCAAAGCCAGGGAUCUACAGAACAAAGUAGGACCGGUGGCCCCAAAGGAUCAAAGAGUUGCCUUGAGGCAGGCCCAAGCUCAGGCAGAAAUGCUGCGAAAUGACGCAGACAUCAAGAAGGAGGUUGCAGAGACAAAGAAAAGGUCCUUAAAGGAACCGAAGGUGCUGAAUUUUGUCUUCGGUAUGAACAUCGAGCAGCGGAAGUUGGAUGGCAUGUUCAUCUACAACUGCAGCCGGCUGAUCCGCAUGUACGAGUGCGUGGGCCCCCAGACGGAAGGGGGGGUGAACUGCAGCGGGGUGCUGGGGUUCGUGGAUGUCCCCUACCUGGUGCUGGAGCCCACCCACAACAAGCAGAACUUUGCUGAUGCCAAGGAGUACAGGCACUUACUACGGGCCAUGGGAGAGUACCUUAACCAGUACUGGAAGGACAUUGGCAUAGUUCAACAAGGCGUAACCAAAUUCUGGGAGAAUUUUGGCUACUUGAGUACAAACUGGAAGGAUGACCCAUCGGAGGACCCCAAGUUCAAGAGGAAGAGGGCAAUGCAGCUCCCACUCACAAUCCAGUGUGACCAGUGUCUGAAGUGGAGGACGUUGCCUUUCUCGGCCAGCAAUAUCAACAAGGAGUUCCCAGAGACCUGGAACUGCACCAUGAACCCUGAUACACAGCGGAACAGAUGUUCAGCUGCAGAGGUGAAACAAAACAUUCCACAGGGUUUCCUGAAGAAGGAGACCAAAACUGCAGAAGAGAAGAGUCAGAAGCUCUUAGAUGACAUCGCCAGGAAGUCUAAGGAGUUGGAAAAGCUGCAGCAUGUGAAAACGGUGACGUCAAGGCAGCAGGUGAACACCCUGGUCAGAUCCACCAGGCCUGAACCUGCCAAAUCUCCCGCCACAUCCAUAUCAGCCAGGAAGAGUGUUUCCAAGCCAACACCAAGACUGGAUCUUCCACCGCCCGUGAGGCAGGCUGCCAUGAGACGGCCCUCUCAGGACACAUCUGCCCAACAGAGAAGGGCCUCCAUAGAGGAGAGAGCUCCUCCCCAGAGGACUAAGUCCACCCCUAGCAGUCACAGACGGGACAGUAUCGAGGCUUCACCCCAAAGACAAGCCACGAAAACAUCGCCCGUCAAGAGACAAUCGUCAGCUCCUACACCUACCUCCACUCGGGCAGAUUCAUCCAGAAGGGAGACCAAAGCCACACCGCCGCCACCAAAAGCUAAACCACCGUCGCCCAAACCAGAGCCAAAAACAUAUCCUGCAAAGGUAGUGGUCGAGAAAGCUAUGUCCUCUUCUAACCAGUCAACAGUGUCUAAACCUUCAGAAACAAAAAAGCCAGCUGCAGCAACAAGUGUGAGUGUAAGUAAGGCCAUGACACCAGCUCAAGCAGCAGCAAAACUACAAGCUAUAACCCCCUCCACUGUCAAAGUCUUACCUUCACAACAACCUGAAAAAGACAAGGCAGCAGUAGCAGUACUACCAGGUGCUAAGGUACUUGAAUCCCAGACCUCGGUACCGGCGGUAUCCUCCAAUACCUCUGCAGCAGUAAGAGAACAAAAGGUGGUGCUAGUUCAGAGUACGCCGAUUACGUCACCGGCAAAGGUUGACCAGACAGAAGUGGUCAGUCAGCAGCCAUGUCCAGUUGAGAAACUCCCCCCAAGGCCACUACCAAAAGAGCCAGCAGUGCUGCAAGUGCAGAGGAAAGUGAGAGUGAGGAAGAAGAGCCUCCAAAGAAGAGGAGGGCAAGCUCCACUGCUACUGCUCCAAAGGUACCAGAGGUUGAAAAGGAGGAAGAGGUCAUGGAGGUCAUGGAGAACGGGGUACCUGAAAAUGGGGCACCUGAGAAUGGGGUGGAUGAAGACUCGGAAGAUAUUGGAAAGAAGGUUGAAGCUAAGAUUGACGGGAACUGGUACGGUGGAGAGGUUGUUGCCACCAGCUCAGAAGGUGCAGGUCCAGUCCGAUGGAAGGUCAAGUUCGACAAGUAUCCAAGGGACAAGUAUGACAAAUGGUACGGCAUGAGCAGUUCAGAUCUGAGAAUCCCACCGUUAACCUCACCAGGAGGCAGUGGGAGGAUCACAGAGACUGCCCCUUGCGCCGAUCUCGCCCGGCCGCCCGCCACAAGUCGUGUCUCCUGCACCGUCCGCCUCCUCUGUUCGCUCGGAAGAAUCCGUGCCCGAAGCUUCCAGCACGACCAAGCCAGACGCAGUCAGCAGCUACGCCCAGACUCAGCAGAACUAUGAAGCCAUAUCUAAUGGAUAUAGAACUUGCUUGCGGUAUUUCCUGCCCCCUUCGUGGAUUAUGGACAAGGACAAGAUAGGCCAGAUGAGUAUAGAAGAGUUGGGCAACUUUCCACUGGAUGACUUCUUUGACCACUAUGAAAAGGGCCUCAGAA